AUGAUACAGACUCAAACAGAUCUGCAGCACAGGGGACUGGUUUGCUCACUUGUCUCCUGGAAAGAAAGAAUAGAAAUGGAGAGGAAGGAGGACACGAUGGUCUGCAACAUCUUCAAUGAGCUGCGUUUAGAAAAGGAGCUUUGUGAUGUUCUCGUCAAAGUCAACGGUGCCCAGUUCCACGCACACAAGAUCAUCUUGUGUGGCUGUAGCCCUUACUUCAGGGCUCUCUUCACCCAUGACUGUUAUCCUCCAGAUGUAUUUCAGUUCACCAUCCCAGGUGUCUCCUCAGAAAUAAUGGAGGUGAUCAUGGAGUAUGCAUACAUACAGGAGGUUAACAUCACAGAGGAAAAUGUGCAUGAGCUGCUUAUUGCUGCUGAUUAUUUGGCAAUGAGCGACCUGGUAAAUGAGUGCUCAGUGUUCCUCAAGGCUCACAUGUGCCAGGAGAACUGCAUUGGCAUUUGGCGCUUUGCUCGCUUCUACUUCUGCAGGAAAUUAGAGCAGCAGGCCUUGCAGUUUGUCCUGCACAACUUCGAGAAUGUGCUGCAUGUCUCUGAGGAGUUUCUGGACCUCACGGUUGAAGAGCUUUGUGAGAUCAUGGAGAAAGAUGAGCUGAAUGUAAAACAAGAGAAUUUGGUGUUUGAGGCCAUCAUACUGUGGAUUGAACAGGCGCCCCUGGAGCGAGAAAAACACAUUGGACAAUUACUAGCCAGGGUGCGUAUGGGGUUACUGCCGCAGGACUAUUUUAUGGACAAUGUAAAGAACCACAAUUUAGUUUCAGAAAACACAGCAUGUAGACUGAUUAUUUACAGUGUUCUGCUGAAUAUCUAUGGCCUGAACACAGCUGAAUUUCUCAACUCUGAUCUCGCUCGGCCUCGUCUGCCCAGUUCUGUUCUACUGGCAAUUGGUGGCUGGAGCCAAGAAGAUCCCACCAAUGCCAUAGAAGCAUAUGAUCCACGAGCAGAGCGCUGGGUUGAUGUGACAUGCACCAGUGAGAGUCCACGAGCCUAUCAGGGAGCAGUGUACCUCAAUGGCUUUGUAUACUGCAUGGGAGGAUUUGAUGGCAGAAAUUACUUUAACAGUGUGCAUAGAUUUGACCCCAUCAGCAGAACCUGGGCCGAGGUGGGUCCCAUGCACUCUCGCCGGUCUUACGUGAGUGUGUGCAAGCUGGAUAGUUACAUCUAUGCAAUGGGAGGACUCAAUGGAACUGAACGGCUUAGCACAGCUGAGCGAUAUGAUCCUAAGAACAAUCAGUGGAGUAUGAUAGCACCAAUGCACGAACGCAGGAGUGAUGCAAGCGCUACCGUACUUAAUGGCAAAGUGUACAUAUGUGGAGGGUUUGAUGGAAACGAAUGUUCGUUUACGGCGGAGUAUUACAAUCCUCAGAUGGACGAGUGGACUCUUCUACCCCGAAUGACCAGCAGAAGGAGUGGACUGGGUGUGGUAGCAUAUAGCGAACAUGUUUAUGCCAUUGGAGGAUAUGAUGGUGUGAAUCGUCUAAGAAGUGCAGAAAUGUAUAAUCCUCUGACCAAUUCAUGGAGAAUUGUUCCAGACAUGAUCAACCGGCGCAGCAACUUUGGCAUUGAGGUGCUGGAUGAUCUCCUUUUUGUUGUUGGAGGCUACAAUGGCAGUACCACUACCAAUAAUGUGGAGUAUUAUAAUAAGGCAACUGCUAAAUGGAUCAAAGCGGAAGACAUGGGUGUGUUCCGCAGUGCAUUGAGCUGCUGUGUGCUCUACGAUUUACCCAACAUGGCAGAGUAUGCAGCACCCCGUAACGUUGUCUACAAAGACCCCAAGAGUGCCCAGAGCACCUCACGUCACGCUCGCGGCACGAUUUCAGCGCCGGCGGAUUUCUCUGCUCUGCACGCUCUCACUCAUCCUCGACCAGUCAACGCCUCGUUCCUGCACCUGCGUCUGGAUCCGCCUCCGACGGACAUCACGCCUCUUCGUGACCAUCUCCUGACAGAAUAUUCUGGCCAUACUAUGGAUCCAGCAGGAUUAGACAGGAUGAGGCAGGCGCUGGAGAAUCAAGGCACUCUCCUUGGUAAACAUCAGGAGGAACUGGUCACUACGAGACAGACGCUCGCUGACGUCACCGCCCAAAUGCAGCGUCUCCAGAUGCCUGUAGCACGGUCCACGGACCCUCCACAAGAGCCACACCUGCCAGCCCCACCCACACUUACGGCGGAGAGCCAGAUUAAUCAGGAGGAGCCUAUGCAGCUGGGCAGAACCCACAUCUCCGAUGAGGAGAGACGUCGCCACCGCCUAGAAAGAGCCUGUUUACUGCGGGGGCUCAGGUCACAUGCUGAGGGACUGUCCGUUAAAAGGAGGCGCCCUCUAGUCAGACUGGGAGCCCUAGAGGGCGCUCCUCCCGAUAAACUCCCAGAACCACGCCCACUGCUCUCGGUAACACUAGUCAUCAGCGGCCAGCCUCACCCCAUCCAGGCGCUCAUCGACUUCGGCUCAGAUCGGAAUCUGAUCAGCUCCGCGACGACCAAGGCGUUACGGGUCCCUGCACGUCGCUGGAUCAUCCCCUGUCCGUCCAAGCUCUAG